AUGUCCACGCCCGACUCGAUUGACCACCUACGGGCUAUGCUCGGCAUCAACAUCAUGCCGAGCGACAUCCCACCAGAGGAGCGUCCAUGUCCCGACUUACCUCAGGCUCCCGGUCGCACCUAUCGUUAUUCAGGACUCUUCCAGCGCACAGCCCUACCUCCGUCCACCAUCACUCCGGCUUCCAAUGCGCUGUAUACGUCGCAGACAGGCGGCGUCUCCAUUUCGACUGAUUCCUUGGACUUGGAUACACCUAGCACAACUACUCAGAUGACGUCCUCGAGAGCCGACAAAGGCAAGCAAGUUGACCACGGAUCUUCAACUUUGCCCACGCCCGUCGUUUCAACCAUGUUAUCGAGUCCGACCUUGGUCGACAAGGGCAAACAGACUAGUCUGUCAGUGCCUAGCCAUUCUGGCCAAGGGAAGCGUAUAGAUCGAGGUCAUUCUGUCCAAAUAUGCCCGGACGAAGGGGAAAAUACUGCUUGGGGUACAUCCGUCGCAAAUACUGCUGCGAGGAAAGCGGAGAGCGCGAUCUCUGCGCUGGAGUAUGCCGAUGCGAGGAAGCGAGUGCGACCUGAGCCAGCAGCGAUGUUCGGAUCAUCCAUUAAGUCACCAACAGUGGCCACUGUUACCCAGAAGCAGCCAAAGGCGACACCGCCAAUUGUCAUCAACUUUUCACAGCCGCCCGUGAUCACGGUCAUGCCCACAACCACUCUUGGAGCUCCUGCAGUGGGCGUACAGCCUCCGUCUGUCCAAUGCUCGCUGAGCCGCCCCUCACCCGUGGUCCGUGCUUCCAAUCCUCCAGCACAUCCAACCGUGUCCUCUGCGAGCGGCGCGUCCUCUGCGCUCGUCGAGACCACCAUUGUUUCACCCACUCCCAAGGUGGCUACCACUGGAACGAUUGGUUCCCCCUUGUCCCAACCAACCGCCAAGACGCAGUCCGGCGGCAUUUCACAGGGAACUACAGGAUCAACGACGGCGUCAACGCCCACCGUCACAGAACCGACUCUCUCACUUCAAGAGCCAAGACAGCUCAAGGUCACAAGGCGUGACGGGGGUACACCUGCGACACCUUUAGGUGAUGAGAAGGAUCGGCCCGAUCUACUCGGCUGGACAGAGCAUAUCCACCUUGACGGCAAUCUCUACUACUGGCAUGACGAGGAGCGCAUCGCGACGACGGACGACAUAGAACAACCAGGCAUGCCCUCCUCGGUCGUCGCCUAUGUAGUCAACCUGCGUGAGCGGCUCGUCAGGGCCAGAAAGAUGCUCUGCAUCGAGCUGACAGGCACCGAGCAUGCGAUCGUCCGAGGUGUCGGCGGAAACGAGGAACCCGAAAUCUGUUUCAUCGAUCUCGAGCGCGGCCUGUACAUCGAGCCUAUCUUUGGGAGGAUUAACAAACAGUCAGUAGAGCUCGUGUAUGAGAGCAAGACGGAGAAGUUCUGGAAGCGGAUCGAAGCAUUCCCGAUGCACCUGAAGCGCCUACCUGCGGACGCAAACGCUGAAUUCCUCGGUGCCCUCUCGUUCGGUGCUAGUGAGAAGAUUUUCGAGUGGAAUGACACGGCAUUCCCAUUCAGUGAGCAUCAAUCACAGCGAUUGCUGGAGGUCUACACGGAUCUGAAAGCACAACUCACAGAAGCCAGCGAUCGGGGGCUCUUCGUCGUUCCUGCCCAAGCAUGGCACAUUGCGCGGGUCAUGUCUAAGGUCGAAGCGGAACGACGACUGUACAAGCACGGGUCACACGACUUCAAGGUGUACCGUUACGCUGCGAUUGACCCGCCGUCGUGGCAAGUGAAGAUUCUUGACCUAUUCUUGGUGGCCAUGUUGUUCGGCGUACAAAGGAUGUACCGUCUGCGACUGCAGAGUGCACGGGUAAAGGGGCAGGUGCACGUAUCGGUAUUACGGGAGUUAUUUGAGCAAUUCCUGGACGAAUGGGCAGUCUUUCACUCGGAAGACUCUAAUCUAUUGGCGACCGUAUUUGUGGGAUUUCUCAGCGCAAACCUGGGAUUCCUUGCAGUAGGGACGAUUGAUGAGCUGCAGCGAACAGCGCUGCUUGUGUCGUCAGUAUUUGCCGUGAUGAGUGUCGCUUCCGGCGUCCACCACACGUGGCAACAUAGACCGAAGGUGGAUGCAGACGAAGAGGAGGCUGAACAUUACCUUAUGCACGCCCAUCGACUGGGGAACCAAAUGAACCUGUCCGUGACCGCAUGCUUCCUCGCGCUGCCUGUCGCAUCCCUGCUCUGGUGCAUUAUUGCCUUUGCGGUUGCUCUCGGCGCGUUCUGCAUCCAAAGUACAGAUAUCCACAGCGAAGUUCUCCUCUCGGUGGCGCUGGGCCUGCUCGGUCUGCUCAGCAUAGCUACCCUGCUAUUCUUCUGGCACAUCUGGAAGGGCCCGCGGAGAGUGGAGAUCGAAGAUGAGCUGGUCGGGACACCGGACGGCUGGAAGGCAGCCUUCAAGCGUCAGCGACGCGAGGUCAAGGCUAUUAUUGGACGAAUGAAGAACAAGGCGUCCGUACCUGCAUGUCAGGCUGCCAAAGCAAAGCUCAAGAAGGGCACCAAGAGAGCUAACGAAGCAGUUACGCUUUGA